AUGCAGCAGCGCUAUCUCUACAAUGCCACCGUUGGCACCGGCUUUGUGACAUGUCCAAUCGGCGCAAAUACCGGCGCAGUCCUCGGUAUGGGGGAUUAUGGAUAUGUGCAGUCAUACACGGUCAAAUCGCCGCAACGGUCCCUCCGACCAAAGGAUCAGGUCCGCCUGACCGCAGCGAUCAGACAGGCCGGCUUUAAUUGCCCGGAGGAACAGGGAAAGAUGCUCAAUAUCUUACUACAGAGUCCGGCUACCAUGGACCAUAAUGAUCCACGAACCCCUUUCCUCGCCCAGGCAUUGGGAGCAUUGCUGGUCAGCGUUUCACCACGAUUAGAAUCGCUGAGCUUCUGUCCUGUUGGCCAGGAAUCAUCUAAACUUUCAAAACUAAACGCCCAAACCAAUGGAACUACACUCCGGGGAAAUGAUUAUUUCUUUAGGCAUUUCUUGGACAGGGAGAACAGUAGCCCGCAGGAGACAUUGCCAUUCCUACAACAUCUUCGCCAGGUCCGAUUUCUUGUCGACGCAGAUACGAGAAUCCACAGUUGGUACAAUUACCAGCCCUAUGAUCUGUAUGGCAGCCUCAACUUAGUACGCCGGCUCCCCGCAGUAAAAUCCAUCCGAGUCGAUGCAAUUAUGAGCACGCAGAGUUCGAGUAUUGAGCCACCACCCCGAUCCGGGAAUUAUACCAGCCUUACCAUUCGGAACUCCAGUGUAGACUAUCACCAUCUGGUACGCGUCAUUGAGUCGGCCAAACGGCUGGAAGAGUUUACGUAUGCUAUCGGAGGCCGAGGUUCCCCAGAUGGCUCAUUAAGCAUCUUCAGCACGGAUCACGUUUUCCGAGCACUUCUCUUGCACGCCGAUUCGUUGGUACAUCUAGAUUUAGAUGUCGAGGCUGAAAUCCCACUGGCGGAGACAUUCGAUCCUACUCUUGGACAACAUUUCUUUGGCAACGGCGAUGAUCCCUCGUCACGAUCCCGGCCUGCCUAUCAACAGGAAUGGGCAGACGAACUUCAGGAGCUGCAGCCAGAGCAGGUUGUUCAGCCUUCGCCUUGCUCUCUUCGUGGACUUACAAAGCUAAAGAACUUGAGUCUCGGAAUUCAUACCCUUUAUUACCUGUCGCGAGGAAUCGGUGCCGAUCAGGUCGACGAUGCAUCAUUUGCUGUUGUGGAUCAUCUCCCACCAAACUUGGAAGCGCUUUGUAUCUAUGGGUACGAAAGGGGGAUGAAACCGCAGGUUAAGUGUCUUCCGGGCGAUGUGUUUGAUAGGCAAUUGGAGAAGUUACUCGCUGAGAAGGAUACUAAAUUGCCUCGCUUGUCGUAUACCGAGGGGAUUGAUGAGAUCAUCGAAAACGCGACUACCGUUAAGCAGUCAGCGAUCAAGGAUGAUGAUCUGUGGGAGAGAGAGACGGAUGAUGAAUGGACUGAUCAUGAAUAUGAUUAG